AUGUCGAACCGCCCUAUAGAGGACAUUAUCUCCUGCCUGGCAGUAAACACAGAAAAGAGUCUCCCAAAUGCUGAUAUCAAAGGUCACUUUUUGAUAGAGCUGGUAAUUGUUACCAAUAGCUGGGAGAUACGUGUUCCCACAGGCCAAGGUGAUGUUCGUCUUCGACACACGGAAGAAGGGCAGAGGGUUGGGGUGUAUAUCGCGGGUGACAAGUUGAGGCAUUCAGGCAAAGAAGAGAUGAAUGCAGUAUUGCAAGCGUCUUGUGUGUUGCAGGCGAUCUGGGAGAACCCUCAAAUUGGUCGUACCUGGAUUGUCCAAUUUAAUCUAUACGCGGCUCUCAACAAAGACACUCGGAAACUCCAAACUUGUUCCUGUCACUGGGAUAAAGUUUCAGCCAUCGCCCGCCGGCAAUUUGAGACUCUUAAGGGAGAGCUCAACGUCAACUGCAACGACCCCGAACUAUAUAGAAAACAGGAGAUGUUUCAUGUCCCGGGAGGAAGUGAUGUUCGCCACAUCCUUGAUGAUUACCAACACCAACUACAAUUGCUGGAAAUAGGUGGAAGGAAGAGAUUGGAAGCAGCGAAACACACAGACUAUACAGUAGAGUGA